AUCGAACACUUUAUCCGUUGAAUAUAUACUCGCGUCUACAAUUGUUUUAGAAACGCAUUGCAAAAUUUAAAAAUUGUAAUGGGUCGUAUUAUUUUCGAAAUAUUCCUUUGUGGGUUUCUUUUCAUUGUAAUUACCGCACGAGAGAACGACUCAAAUACCACAUCACUAAUUGGCAAUGUCUUUAACAUCUUCAGGAGAAGCGGGAAUUGGUCUCAAUCUUUGGAAAAUUCAGAUGCGAAUUCAACCAUAAAACCCGAUGACCCAUGCAGCUCGGGACCUUGUCAGAACGAUGGUGAAUGCAAUCUACACAUGGGGACUUAUAAAUGCGAGUGCAAGACCGGGUAUUUUGGAAAGAAUUGCGAAAUGAAAUGUGUUUGUAAGAGAGGAUAUUGUAUUCUAUCUGAAUAUGAGGAGACGCUAUGUAAGUGCCCACCCGAAUAUGGAAAUUAUUCACCAUCAGAAUGCAUAGAAUGCAAAUGUGGUGAAGGCGCUAACUGUACGUAUGCUUAUUUCGGCGGUAAAACAUGCAUUUGUAAAGAAGGAUAUGGAGAUAAUAAUGGAAAAUGUGAACAGUGUUACUGUGGACCAAAUACUGGCUGCAGAUUCGAUAAAUAUGGUAGGAAGACUUGCUUUUGUCUAGAAGGAUACAUAGAAGUGGACGGAAAAUGUAAAGAUCUCUGCAUCCCCAAUCCGUGUCAAAACGGAGGAAAAUGUAAAAUGGCGAACGGUGAUUACAAUUGCACAUGCAACUUUCCCUAUUCGGGAAGAAACUGUGAAAAAGAUUGUGAGUGUGAAAAUGGUAUAUGCGUUGAAGACCAGUUUGGAAAUGCAGUCUGUCAGUGUCCGCCUGGAUUUGGUCUUUAUUUAAAUAAAAAAUGCAAAGCAUGCGAAUGUGGCGGAGGAGCAAGCUGUGAAUUUAAUGGAUCGGGAGCUGAUACUGUGAAGACUUGCCUCUGUAAAGAAAGGUAUAAAAAGGUCAUGGAUAUAUGCAAGGAGUGUUAUUGUGGCCCGUCUUCAUCCUGUUUCUUCGAAAAUUAUGAUAUUAAGCACUGCAUUUGUCCAGAUGGAUUCAUGGAAAUUAAUGGAAUGUGUAAAGAUCCCUGCAACCCAAAUCCAUGCAGAAAUAGAGGGAAAUGUCUGUUCUAUAAAGGGAAUUAUAGCUGCGCUUGCUUUCCUCCGUACAUUGGAAGGACAUGUGAAAUAGACUGCAGCUGUGGGCCAAAUGGCAAAUGCUCUUUGGAUAUUUAUGGAAAUAAGCAAUGUUACUGUCGGCAUGGUUUUGCUGAAUUUGAAGGAUUGUGCAAAGAAUGUUCCUGUGGACCCUCCUCGGCCUGUUUUUUCAAUAAAAAUGGAGAUAUGAGAUGUUCGUGUGAAAUUGGAUACACUUUUAUCAAUGGAAAAUGUGAAGAAGGCGAGAAAGAAAACAUCGUUCUUCCUGUACUUCUUGGAGCUAUACUGGUUUCGAUUCUAUUUGGGAUCUUACUUUUUACGUGUGUGUUAUGGAAGAAUAGGAAAUAAAUACGAAUAGUUCUCUCCUCAAAUGUACUGAAAAGAAGGGGAAUAUUUGAUUGCAUCCAGUUAUGCUAGUCACAUUCUCAUGAUAUGUAUUAUAUCUGGAAGUAUUCUGUAACUGAGCAACACUUUUAUAUUUGUUAUUCUAAUAUUAAAUAAACUUCAUACACUUUUCUCUGCGA